AAAAGAUGCAAAAAGUUUCAGUUCCAAUCGGGAGAAUUUAUAAAUUCUGUAUUAGAAAGAACAAUUAAUAAAACACUGGAAAUCCAGUUUUAUUUAAAAUUAAGUUAAGCUAAUACUUAAUUUUCAUUAAAUCCAGGAGCAAAUGAAUGUUAGAAAUUGUUUUAAUUUUUGCAUGAUUUAAUAGACAAAAGUGACAUUCUUUAGGACUGACUUUUUUUGUCACGUCAUUGAUGUACAUAGCUUAAAAAAUUGAACAUUAUUGUGCGGAAAAAGAAUCAAAAGUUAUUGUUUAAUUAUUGUGCUAUUUAAGCUAUAUAAAACGUUUUAAAUAGACUAAUUAGUUGCAUUAAUCAAUCAACACUGCGUUUAAGUGAGUGAAAAUGGGUACACGCGACGAUGAAUAUGACUAUUUAUUCAAAGUGGUUUUAAUUGGAGAUUCUGGUGUUGGAAAAAGUAAUCUGCUAUCGAGGUUUACACGUAAUGAAUUCAAUCUAGAAUCGAAAUCUACAAUAGGAGUAGAAUUUGCAACUCGUAGCAUUGUUGUUGAUAAUAAAACUAUUAAGGCUCAAAUCUGGGAUACAGCUGGUCAAGAGAGAUAUCGAGCAAUUACAUCGGCUUAUUAUAGAGGUGCAGUUGGAGCUCUUUUGGUGUAUGACAUUGCUAAGCAUUUAACUUAUGAGAACGUAGAAAGAUGGUUGCGCGAAUUAAGAGAUCAUGCCGAUCAAAAUAUAGUGAUAAUGCUUGUUGGAAACAAGAGCGAUUUAAGACAUUUACGUGCUGUUCCAACAGAUGAAGCCAAGACUUUCGCUGAACGAAAUGGCCUCAGCUUUAUAGAGACUUCUGCUCUUGAUUCAACUAAUGUGGAGACAGCAUUUCAAAAUAUACUCACAGAAAUCUACCGAAUCGUUUCACAAAAACAAAUUCGUGACCCACCAGAAGGGGAUGUCAUUCGUCCAUCAAAUGUGGAACCUAUAGAUGUGAAGCCCACAGUUACAUCGGAAGUGCGAAAACAAUGUUGCCAGUGAUCCGCUUGAACUAAAUAUUCGUUCCAUCAUAAUUUGCCUAGGAGCAAACAUUCAGUGAAAAUAAAAACAAAAGGAAUAUAAUAUAUUUCUUUUCAUCUGAUUUACAGUUCUAUAUCAAUUUUUUUUUCUUCAUAUUUUUUUUAUUUUAUUCUUUUUUUAAUAAAUAUAAUAAUUUUAUACUUCCUUAAUGUUGAACUAUUAUGAGAAUAAUCAAAUGAAGAGAUGAUUAAGAAGCUUUUCGCAUUACACAUAUAUGUUAUGAGCAUCAAAAAAUAAAUAUUUCUGUUCCUGCGACACGAAAUGAAUAGCAUUACUUCUCAUAAUUUUUACUACAUCGACUAUAUUUUAUUAUCUUAAUACCAAUAUUACAAAUAGAAAUGAUUUUUAAAAAAAUGUAAUAGAAUUUAUUCUUUGAACUAUUAAACUAGCAUUUCGCGAUAAAGGCUGUAUUUUUAUUAUUAAAUGCUGUAACGAUUAUUUUCAUAAUGCGCUACUUUAAAUCCAUGCAUGUUAUUUAAAGAAAAACUACUAGUGAUUGGGAAAAACAUAAACAUACCUAUCUGGAUCAUAUUUUAUCAAUGUACACGUACACGACAUGUUAAUUUAAUAAAAGUUUUGGGAAAUAUUAAAGAUUUAGGAAGAAAAAAACAUAUGCAGCCAAUUUUGAAGUAAAAAAGUACGUCAUUAUAAGCUUAACUUUAUCAGACAGAACGUAAGUGAAAACGCAUAUUAAAUUAGAAGAAAAAAAAAUAAUACAGAAGAAUGAUGUUAAAAAAAAUGAAUUCAUUAUAUCAGCUUUUUGUACAUUCUUAAUAUAGUUUUGGGACGAAUCCAUUAUACAUGAAAGAAUCAGCAUUAAAUCAGUUGAGAAUGUAAUCUAUAUUGCUAUGAUAAACCUAAUUUCAUAAACAUUUAUUUGUUACACCUUAAAGACAAUUCACACAUGAUGAAGUAAAUCCACUUGAAAGCUGAAAAAUUCACCCAAAAUUGUUUCCUUUUUUCAAAUGUAUUAAUAUUUUUAGCUGACUAAUAAAAAAGAAUAAUUUAAUAC